AUGGGCAACAAACCGGGCAUAGGAGCUCAGAGGCACUCGACGGGCUCCGCGCGUCUUGUGCCCACGACUGCGCACCGGCAAAGCGCCAUAUGCGGCCCGCAACGGACCUCGCACCAAGGACCGGUUGUGCAAAGCCAGCCUCCUCUGCCGAUACCUCUACGUCCGCCUCCGCGUCCGCAGGAGUCGCAGUCCCCGUCUCCAUGCUCGUCAACAGCUUCGACGCCUACGGGUGACCAGAUAAUUUCGAAUUGGAAGCUCUUUAAUGAUCUUGAGAACCGAGAAGAGGCGGAAGCCUUAGAGCUGUCACUGUUUCUACAUGCGCUCGUAAACUACAUUCCUGGUCUUGAUGGAGUAAAACCGGAUGAGGCAUCGGACGAUCGUCCCAUCUUUCAGCCUGAAACAGGCAACAUUGACAUUGCCAACAUGUACGUACAGGGAAACGAGCUGGACAAGGUCAUUACGCUUCAGAAUGUGGAAAACUUGAUUGACUCGUGUCGUAACGGGCGAAAGAUCCCACGGAAUGUCGUGGUUCGCGUGGUCACCGAAGUGACGGCGCUGCUUCGGCAGAGUCCGACCAUGGUGGAGUUUACGAUUGCACCUGCGAAACAUGUUACCAUCAUUGGCGAUUUGCACGGACAGUUAGAUGACUUACUACUGAUUUUUCGUGAAAACGGUUUACCAUCCAAGUCCAACCCGUACGUGUUCAAUGGAGACUUUGUCGACCGUGGUGACCGCGGCGUGGAAAUUGCUGUCAUCAUUUAUCUGUUCAAACUGCUGUACCCGGGUCACGUUUUGUUGAAUCGUGGCAACCACGAGGAAAACUCGAUCACUCAACUGUUUGGAUUCAUGAAAGAAUGUGAUGUCAAGUACGACCGAUAUGUGUACGAUCUCUUCUGCGAGAGCUUUCGUUACCUGCCCCUUGCCACACUCAUUGACGAACGCGUCCUCGUCGUGCACGGCGGUGUUCCCCGUGACAAUAUGUUGGUCAAAGACUUUAACACGCUAGACAGGGCUGGCUACGAUCUCGCGCGGUACCGUAACAAGCCUAAGUGUCGGAAAGAGCGUGAAUCGUAUCGAAAGAUGCAGCUUAUGCGAGACUUGCUUUGGAGUGAUCCAAAAGAGACCAAGGGAUACGAAGAAAAUAAGCGUGGCGCCGGUACUAUGUAUGGUCCGGACAUUGUGCAAAAGUUCAUGAUGAAGAAUAAACUCACUCUUGUAGUUCGCUCACAUGAGUGUAUUCCACAAGGUUUCGAUUGGCCGUACAAAGAAAAUGGUAUGCUGGUUACGCUGUUUUCGGCAUCCAACUACUGUGGCAAGGCAAAUAAUUUGGGCUGCUUUAUGCACAUUCCUUCGGGAAGGGGCAAACCCGCGUUUUUCCAGUAUAUGGCAAAUGCCGAGAGUCGCGACAUGGCUGUGUCCAACUUAGAUGCACUUUUCUCGCUCAUCGUGCAGUACCGGUCUGAUUUGGUCCAGGAGUUUGAGGAAUUUGAUGAGGAGGAAUCCGGAAAGGUUACGGUUGAGGUGUGGGGUGCUAUUAUGGAAGACGUGUUGGAUUUGUCAUUGGAUUGGCACGCUCUUCAGCCGCUAUUGACUGCGCUAGACGAAGAAGGCUUGGUGCCAUAUAAUGAUUUCUUGGACCGAUAUAAUGCUACAGGUACCGUAACAUGCACCGAUGAUGACGAAAAUACCGAUAUAGUCGGCACAGAGCAGCGCAGCGCCUUCAAUUCGCUGUAUCGCCACCGCUCACGACUAGAAGCUCUGUUCCGUGUGCUUGACCGCGACGGCAACGGUACCAUUUCUGUAGACGAGCUAGAAAACGGCAUCAAGUUGCUAAACGAACACUUGCCUCCCGGAGCCAAGCCGUUCAGCACUAACGGCAUGGAUUACAUGCGCAUGAUGGACUUUAGCCACGACAACGAAAUCAACAUCAACGAGUUUAUGGAGGGCUUUCGUAUCAACGCAACUCUUACUGUUCAUGCGAAAUGGAAACGCGCGCGCAAGAAAAUGAAAGCGCUCAGUGCUAUGGGCGCUUUGCAUGGUCUCUCGCUACCUAGUCACGCGACCGCAGCUGCUUCAGGGAGUUCUGGUGAAGCAGCACAAACGGACGAAACCGACGAGACAUCCGAAGUAGUUCACCGCGAAUCAAGCACGUCUGAUCCGGAUCUCAAGGCGUCUCGCUCGCGUGCCCCUGCACCUUGGAUGUUCGAGCAACAUGGCAGUGUGCAGGUUAUUGCACCCGUUAUCUCAGGAACUAGUUCGGGUAAGGAUGGAGAUGACUCUGAAGAAGGCGAAGAAGUCGACAGUGUGCAGGUUAUUGCACCAGCUAUCCCAGCAACAGGUUUGGGUGAGGAUUGCGUUGCGGACGAAACCGGUUUCGAAGAAGGCACAGGAGUCGGCAGUGUGCAGGUUAUUGCACCGGUUGUCUCAGCAACUGGUUUGAGCAAGGACGAAGAUAGCUGUGAAGAAAACGCAGAGGUCGGCAGUACUUGCUGA